AAGGAAAAUAUAUAUGGGUUGGGCUGGGUUGCUUUCGGCGUGACAUACUAAUGGGUUGGGCUUCCAUCAAUUAACAAACUCCAUAAAUUUUAAAACCCAAUCCGUCUCACAUAAAACCCAUCUUAAAACCAGCGUUGUUUCUCUUCUCCACAGCUGCUCAUCCUUCUUCUUCGUCUUGAAUCAACACCAACAAAGGUCUGUUAGGUUACCGUACAACCAGCAACCAUGUCGACGGUCAUGCAGAAAAUCAAAGAUAUCGAAGAUGAGAUGGCACGGACCCAGAAGAAUAAAGCUACUGCCCACCAUUUAGGUUUGCUGAAGGCUAAACUUGCAAAGCUACGACGGGAGCUUCUUGAGCCUUCAACUAAAGGAGGUGGUGGUGCAGGUGAAGGGUUUGAUGUUACCAAAAGUGGAGAUGCGAGGGUUGGUUUAGUGGGUUUUCCGUCAGUAGGGAAAUCAACGCUUUUAAACAAGUUGACCGGAACUUUCUCAGAGGUUGCGUCGUAUGAGUUUACCACCUUAACCUGCAUUCCAGGUGUGAUAACAUAUCGAGGGGCUAAAAUCCAGUUGUUGGAUCUCCCUGGUAUCAUUGAGGGUGCGAAGGAUGGUAAGGGUAGAGGAAGACAGGUUAUCAGUACAGCCAGAACGUGCAAUUGUAUUUUAAUUGUCCUGGAUGCAAUAAAGCCAAUAACUCACAAACGUUUGAUUGAGAAAGAACUUGAGGGAUUUGGCAUUAGGUUGAACAAGGAACCCCCUAACCUGACAUUUAGAAAAAAAGAAAAGGGUGGCAUAAACUUCACAUCUACAGUACCCAAUACACAUCUGGACCUCGACACUGUGAAAGCAAUUUGCAGCGAAUACAAAAUACACAAUGCUGAUCUUACCCUGAGGAAUGAUGCAACUGCUGACGAUCUCAUUGACGUCAUUGAAGGGAGUCGGGUGUAUAUGCCCUGCAUAUAUGCUGUCAACAAGAUAGAUCAGAUAACACUUGAAGAGCUAGAAAUUCUCGAUAGACUUCCUCACUACUGUCCUGUCAGUGCUCACUUGGAAUGGAAUCUUGAUGGCUUGCUGGACAUGGUUUGGGAGUAUCUAUGUUUAACUCGCAUAUACACCAAGCCAAAAGGGAUGAAUCCAGAUUACGAGGACCCUGUAAUCUUGUCAUCAAAGAGAAGAACAGUCGGGGACUUCUGCACCAGAAUCCACAAGGACAUGCUUAAACAAUUUAAGUAUGCAUUGGUUUGGGGAUCAAGCGCAAAGCACAAACCACAAAGAGUGGGCAAGGAGCAUGAACUUGAAGACGAAGAUGUUGUGCAAAUUAUAAAAAAGGUGUGAGGUUACAAUUCAGAACGCAUGUUCUGAAGUGUAUUAAAACUCUUAGAGUGCUGGGUUGGUUUACUGCGUUCUCUGUCCUGGACAUGGCACCCAGCUAGUAUUAGUUUUGGUAAUGAUGGCUUGAUGUUGUUAAGCAGCUUGUUCCAGCUUUUUGUCCCAAAGUAGUAUUACAAAUUAAAAGAAGCAAAGCAUGUUUAAGCUCCGUUAUUCUAGUAUGUGUCAAGAGCCUGUCUUGUGAACCAAAUGUCUGGAGGGAUGUUGGGUGUUAUAUCACAAGAAAUGUGUGAGCUAUUUGUUAAACACUUUACAACUUGAGUUUAUUGAAUGUUGAACUUCUAAUUUUAUCAGCAA